GCUUCCCUCCGGCACUUACUUUUGUAUGUCGUACACUCUAUUGACCAUGUCCGACGACAAAGAUGGCGGCGCCAUUGAGCUUCGCCAGGACCUCUCGACCGCUGUGUACGAGAAGCAUGGCACUGUCUCCGAUGAGAAGGACAUGCACCGCAUGGGCAAGCUGCAGCAGCUUCGCCGGAACUUCCAAUUCAUGUCGAUUUUCGGCUUCGCCGUCAUUUUGGGGAAUACGUGGGAGUUCGCGCUGGUUAUUAUAGGCAUUUCGCUGAGCAAUGGCGGAACGGCGGGCGGGAUAUGGAUGUUCCUCGCCGUCUGCUUUGGCAUGUUCUUCGUUAUGCUGUCGAUGGCGGAGAUGGCCUCCAUGGCGCCAACAUCAGGAGGCCAGUAUCACUGGGUGUCCGAGCUAGCCCCCAGAAGGCACCAGAAGUUCCUCAGCUACCUCGUCGGCUGGAUGUGUGUCAUCGGCUGGCAAGCAGCCAUGGCGACUACUGCUUUCGCGGCUACGCAGCAACUCCAAGGCCUGAUUGCUCUGAACAUACCCUCCUACGUUAUCAAAGGCUGGCACAGCACUCUCUUCUGCAUCACCAUCACCGCCUUUGCCAUCCUCUGGAACACCGUAUUAGUCCGCAAGCUCCCAUUCAUCGAGACCCUCGGUCUGACCCUGCACGUGCUAGGCUUCUUCGCCUUCAUCAUCGUGCUCUGGGUCAUGGGUCCGCGCUCGGAUCCCAAAGCGGUGUGGACAGAGUUCAGGGACGACAGCGGAUGGGGGAGUAAGGGGAUGGCGACCUUAGUCGGCAUCCUAGGCCCGAUUGUGACGCUCAUCGGGAGCGACUCGACAUGCCAUCUGAGCGAGGAGCUGCGAGAUGCGGCGUGGGUGCUUCCGCGCGCGAUGGUGACCGCAGCUGCUGUGAACUACGCCCUUGGAUUCGUCAUGACGGUUACCGUUAUGUCGACGCUAGGCAGCGAUCUGCCCGCGCUGCUUACAACUUCCUUCGGCCAGCCCUGGAUCCAGAUCCUGCUCAACGCGACGGAGUCGCGGGCCGCGACUAGCGUUAUGACCGCGGUGAUGUGUGCGCUGCUCCUGUUCUGCGCCAUCAACACGAACACGACGUCGUCGCGGCAGCUCUUCGCAUUCGCACGCGAUCGCGGCGUGCCGUUCUCGAGCUUCAUAGCGCAUGUCCACCCCAGCUGGGCCAUCCCUAUCAACGCCCUCCUCAUAACACUUCUCCUCACCACGCUCCUCUCCCUCAUCAUCCUCGGUUCCACCAUCGCCUUCAACGUCAUCACCUCGCUGGGCCAGCUGGGCCUCGUGUCCUCGUACAUCAUCGUCAUCGCCUGCAUCUUCGCCAAGCGGCUGCGUCGCGAGCCGCUUCUGCCGUCGCGCUUCAGCCUCGGGCGCGGCGGCAUCGUCGUCAACGCGCUUGCGCUGUGCUUCCUGGCGCUGGCGUUUGUCUUUCUUUUCUUCCCGGCGGCGCCGCAUCCGUCGCCGGCGAGCAUGAAUUGGAGCUGCUUGAUGUUUGGUAGUAUUCUGGCGUUUUCGCUGGUUUAUUAUUGGGUGAGGGGGCGGUUUGAGUAUGUCGGGCCUGUAGAGUAUGUGAAGGUGGUGUAGGCGAAGGUCCUGGGGAAGGAUCGCGUGGUAGCAUCUUUAGAGAAGUGGGAUGAUAGGAAUCUCUGGGGUCACCGGCUUCCUUUCGAAAAUGGUGAAAAUGACUACGGCGGAUAGAUUCCUGGACAUCGGUUCAGGCUCCGUUUAAGGCUAGGAGACGUAGGCUUAGCUUAUCUAGGAGGUCAUAGACUGCGGCGCUUGAAUGGAGCGAUUCUCCG